CUACCACAGUGCAAGCCACUUGCCACCUUUGCCAUGGCUGCUUCCGUCUCCUCCCAAAGAAAAAGCAAAAGGAGAUGAGAUAGCGAGCAAGAGGAUCACCACUAGCACCAUUGAACCAGAGCAGCAGAGCGACGCACUAGCUAGAUAGAUCAGAGUAGUACGUUGCUCUGUAGUCUACUAGACACCCUUCAUCCAGACGCCAUAUAUAUCUCAAAAGCCAACCCCCCCUCCCCUGCCUUGCAGUUGCCACAGCGAGCGAGCGAACGAACAUAUUCCCCUAGAUUGCUCUCCUGACACUAUCAUCUUCCACCUCCCAGCUUCACUCUCAAGCCUCCACUCCAUCUUCUUGUGAAGCUUCUCAAGAUUCUCGCAUGCCUUUACUCCUCCUCUCACUCACUCUCGCCAGCUUGCUUGCUAAACAACCUCCAACGCCGACGCCAAUGCCGACAGCUCAACUCCUCUAACUAGCCUCCCGCCGCAAUUCACAAGCGCCCGGAGAAAGAAAAAAGAAAGAAACAUUGGAGGCACCCCCCGAUGAGGCCUUCGCCACCUCUGCUCCUGCUCGUGCUCCUGCAUUUCGCGCUCCUGUCCACCAACGCCAAUGGGAACGGCGACCUGCGCGGCGACGCGAUGGCGCUGCUGGCCCUCAAGGCCGCGCUCAGCUGCCGCCCGGGCGCGCUGCGGUCGUGGUCGGUGGCCAAUGCCGGGUCCGUGUGCGCGUGGGCGGGCGUCCGCUGCGCGGCCGGGCGCGUGGUCGCCGUCGACAUCGCCAACAUGAACGUGUCGGACGGCACGCCCGUGUCGGCCCGGGUGACGGGGCUCGGCGCGCUCGAGACCAUCUCGCUGGCCGGGAACGGCAUCGUGGGCGCCGUCGCCGCGUCGGCGCUCCCGGCGCUGCGCCACGUCAACGUGUCCGGGAACCAGCUGGGCGGCGGCCUCGACGACGGCUGGGACUUCGCGUCGCUGCCCGGCCUCGAGGUGCUGGACGCCUACGACAACAACUUCUCGGCCCCGCUCCCGCUCGGCGUCGCCGCGCUCCCGAGGCUCCGGUACCUGGACCUCGGCGGCAACUACUUCACCGGCGAGAUCCCCGCGGCGUACGGCGCGAUGCCCGCGGUGGAGUACCUGUCCCUCAACGGCAACAACCUGCAGGGGCGCAUCCCGCCGGAGCUCGGCAACCUCACCACCCUCCGGGAGCUCUACCUCGGCUACUACAACGUGUUCGACGGCGGCAUCCCGCCGGCGCUCGGCCGGCUGCGCAGCCUCACCGUGCUGGACGCCUCCAACUGCGGCCUCACGGGGCGCGUCCCGGCGGAGCUCGGCGCGCUCGCCUCCCUCGGCACGCUCUUCCUCCACACCAACCAGCUCUCUGGGCCCAUCCCGCCGGAGCUCGGCAACCUCACGUCGCUCGCCGCGCUGGACCUCUCCAACAAUGCGCUCACGGGCGAGGUCCCUCGCUCGCUGGCGUCCCUCACCUCGCUCAAGCUGCUCAACCUGUUCCUGAACCGGCUCCGCGGCCCGGUGCCCGACUUCAUCGCCGCGCUGCCGCGUCUGGAGACGGUGCAGCUGUUCAUGAACAACCUCACCGGCCGCGUCCCCGCGGGGCUCGGCGCCAGCGCCGCGCUCCGGCUCGUCGACCUGUCCUCGAACCGCCUCACCGGCUUCAUCCCGGAGACGCUCUGCGCGUCCGGCCAGCUCCACACGGCCAUCCUCAUGAACAAUUUCCUCUUCGGGCCCAUCCCCGGCUCGCUCGGCACGUGCACGAGCCUCACGCGGGUCCGGCUCGGCCAGAACUACCUCAACGGCAGCAUCCCCGCCGGGCUGCUGUACCUGCCGCGGCUCAGCCUGCUGGAGCUCCACAACAACCUGCUCUCCGGCGCCGUGCCGUCGAACCCGAACCCGAGCCCGAGCGCGUCCAGUUUGCAGCUGGCGCAGCUGAACCUGUCCAACAACCUGCUGUCCGGCCCGUUGCCGAGCACGCUGGCCAACCUCACCGCGCUGCAGACGCUGCUUGCGAGCAACAACCGGAUCGGUGGCGCCGUGCCGGCGGAGCUCGGGGAGCUCCGGCGGCUCGUGAAGCUGGACCUCAGCGGCAACGUGCUGUCGGGGCCUAUCCCUGGGGCGGUGGGGCGGUGCGGCGAGCUGACGUAUCUCGAUCUCAGCAGGAACAACCUGUCUGGGGUGAUCCCCGAGGCGAUCGCGAGCAUCCGGGUGCUGAACUACCUGAACCUGUCGCGGAACGCGCUGGAGGACGCGGUCCCGGCGGCGAUCGGGGCCAUGAGCAGCCUUACGGCGGCGGACUUGUCGUACAACGACCUGUCGGGGCAGCUCCCGGACACGGGGCAGCUGGGGUACCUGAACGCGACGGCGUUCGCGGGCAACCCGAGGCUGUGCGGCGCGGUGGUGGGCCGGCCGUGCAACUACACCGGCGGGGGCCUGGGCGUGACGGCCCGGCGCGGUGGCGGGGCCGGGGCCGGGGAGCUGAAGCUGGUGCUGGCGCUGGGGCUCCUCGCCUGCUCCGUGGGGUUCGCGGCGGCGGCCGUGCUCCGCGCGCGGUCGUUCCGCCGCGUGGACGGGAGCGGCGGCGGCGGGGGCAGGUGGCGGUUCGCGGCGUUCCACAAGGUGGACUUCGGCGUGGCGGAGGUGAUGGAGUGCAUGAAGGACGGCAACGUGGUAGGGCGCGGCGGCGCCGGGGUGGUGUACGCGGGGCGCACCCGGUCGGGCGGCGCGAUCGCGGUGAAGCGGCUGCAGGCGCGGCGGCAGGGCGACGACGACGACGACCGCGGGUUCCGCGCGGAGGUGCGGACGCUGGGCAGCAUCCGGCACCGGAACAUCGUGCGGCUGCUGGCCUUGUGCACGAACCGGGAGGCGAACGUGCUGGUGUACGAGUACAUGGGCGGCGGCAGCCUCGGGGAGGUGCUGCACGGCAAGGGCGGCGCGUUCCUGGCGUGGGAGCGGCGGUACACGAUCGCGCUGGAGGCGGCGCGCGGGCUGUGCUACCUCCACCACGACUGCACGCCCAUGAUCGUGCACCGGGACGUCAAGUCCAACAACAUCCUCCUCGGCGACAACCUGGAGGCCCGCGUCGCCGACUUCGGGCUCGCCAAGUUCCUCCGCUCCGGCGCCACCUCCGAGUGCAUGUCCGCCGUCGCUGGAUCCUACGGCUACAUCGCCCCUGAGUACGCGUACACGCUGCGGGUGGACGAGAAGAGCGACGUGUACAGCUACGGCGUGGUCCUGCUGGAGCUCAUCACGGGGCGGCGCCCCGUGGGGGGGGACUUCGGGGAAGGGGUGGACAUCGUGCAGUGGGCCAAGCGGGCCACGGCCGGCCGCCGGGAGGCCGUGCCGGGGAUCGCGGACCGGCGGCUCGGCGCCGCGCCCAAAGACGAGGUGGCGCACCUCUUCUUCGUCUCCAUGCUCUGCGUCCAGGAGAACAGCGUCGAGCGCCCCACCAUGCGGGAGGUGGUGCAGAUGCUCGCCGACGAGUCCCCGCGCCGCCGCGCGUCGUCGUCGUCGCCGCACACGUCGCCCUCCACCACCUCCUCGUCGCCGUCGCCGUCGCCGUCGCCGCCGGGCGUGGAGGAGAGCGGCGGCCCCGACGGCGGCGGCAAGGAGCCGCCGGCCACCAGCUACAAGCUGUUCCCCGACCUGCUGGCCUGAUGAAGCGCAGACGGACGAACGGCACCUGUUUUGCCAUGCCACUGUUAAUUACACCCCAAAAAAACACACACACGACGACUCAUCAUCGUGCAGGACUGAAGUUACAGCAUGUAGCGCAGCAGACUGGAGCUAGAGGUUCUUCAGGUUGGUCGGCCGACAUUGGAGAUGGUAACAAGAUAGAACUGGGGAUCAAUAAUAAUUAAGUAACAUGUAACUUUAUUACAAUUUUUUUAAUCUUUCUUUCUCUUCUCUCUUUUUCUUUCCAAAUUCUCUUCUUCUUAAUUUCUUUGUUCGUCUAUCAAAGGUGUACAGGGUCUGAUCAUAUGCUACCGCCCUAUAGAGCUAGCUAGGGGAUUGUGGGUGUGGUGUCCGAUGCAAUAGCGUCUCCUCCAUCAUCAUAGCUUUCGCACUUUGUAAUCUCCCCGGUGAUCUUUAGCCACCAUCCAUUGUCCACUAGCUACGACUCUAUGUACGUUACUAGCUCCUCACUUUUACACUAAUCCUUGCUUGCGUC